UUUCUUGGAACAUGGGUUUCUUUCACACACACUAACCCACCCAUGCACACAUAGAAUCUCAUUCUUCUCUCUCUCUCUCUCUCUCUCUCUCCCCUUAUCUCUCCCUUGAAAGAAACCCCAUUUCGUCACCAUUUUGCAGAGUCACAGACACAGACCCCAUCUUAUUUGGACUGUUGCUUUCUUAGGGUUUCGAAUUCUUGAAUCUUUUUAAAAAAAAAGCUCUGUUCUCUUCUUGAGCCCUGAUCUUGUGCCCUCAAAAGAAAGUAGAAUUUGUUUUUUUCUUCUCUGAAAACCUCACGUUCUGUUGUGUGUCAAGCCCCAUUGCGUUGUGUGUGUUGUGAUCAAAGAAAGACCAAAAAGUUUCAACCUUUUUAACUUUAUUCCUUUGGUCCUUUGGGUUUGUGCUUUAGGGUUUUGUAUUGAAUAUCGUUUCUCGGUGGUGACGGGAUUUGUUCUUUUCUGAGGAGAAUUUUCCCGGAAAACCCUCUUUCUUUGAGGGUGGAAAAGGAAACACUCAUGCAAUUAUCGUCUGGGAAACUUAAUCCUCUGUAGUCGCAGCUCACAAGGUUCCAUUUCUUAGUUCAUUUUGCUUUUAGGGUUUUGUACAUUGUGCCUCAAUUCUGGUUCUGAAUCAUGAGCCGUGCAGAGAAUCACCACUUCCAGCACCACAAUGUCGAAAUUCAAGGAUACCCAUUUCACCAUUCCCACCAAGAAUUGCAUUUCAGUAGCUCUCUGCUUUUGGCCACGCUCGGUUUCUUUUAGGCAUUUUCUGAAACACCUGGGCUGCAAUUGAACUGGAAUUGAAUUUCUUGGUUCUGUCUGUCUCUCUCAUUUCUCUCCCUUUUAGGAGCCAUGGGUUGUGUCCAUGGCAAGUGUUGCGGUCGUUACCCCCAGUCUUCCGAUGGUGAUCUCCGGGACUUAAGAGACGCUGGUCCGUACAGUGCGCAAAGGAAGCACAUACUCUCAGAGAGGUCAUUGGAGCUCGUCCCUGUUCCUUCACAUGACUUCCGUUUGGAGUACUCUGUGCUAACGCAGCGUGGUUACUAUCCCGACUCGCCGGAUAAGGAAAACCAGGACAGUUUCUGUGUUAGAACGCAAGUCAGAGGUAACCCAAAUAUCCAUUUCUUUGGUGUGUUUGAUGGGCAUGGCCAAUUUGGUACCCAGUGUUCUAAUUUUGUUAAGGACAGGCUAGUAGAGAUAUUAGCAAAUGAUCCCACAUUGUCAGCUGACCCUGUGAAAGCUUAUAAUUCUGCCUUUUUGACGACGAAUUAUGAGUUGCAUAAUAGUGACAUUGAUGAUACUAUGAGUGGUACCACGGCAAUUACUGUGCUUGUUAUUGGGAAUACCCUUUAUGUUGCGAAUGUGGGUGAUUCGAGAGCUGUGGUUGCAGUGAAAGAUGGUAAUAGAAUUAUUGCAGAGGACUUGUCUUAUGACCAAACACCAUUUAGGAAAGACGAGUAUGAGAGAGUGAAGCUUUGUGGGGCCAGGGUUUUGAGUGUUGAUCAAGUGGAAGGGCUGAAGGAUCCGGAUAUCCAGACCUGGGGUGAUGAAGAGAGUGAAGGUGGUGAUCCUCCCAGGCUGUGGGUUCAAAAUGGGAUGUAUCCUGGGACUGCGUUUACAAGGAGUGUAGGUGAUAGUACAGCUGAGAAGAUUGGCGUUGUUGCAACUCCAGAGGUGUCAAUGCUUCAGCUGACACCUAAUCAUCUCUUCUUUGUUGUCGCAAGUGAUGGGGUUUUUGAGUUCCUCUCUAGCCAAGCCGUGGUUAGUAUGGCGGCAAAAUAUUCAGAUCCUCGGGAUGCAUGUGCUGCCAUUGCUGGAGAAUCAUACAAAAUAUGGUUGGAACAUGAAAACCGGACGGAUGAUAUAACAAUUAUCAUUGUUCACAUCAAAGGCUUGUCUAAUUCAGGUGGUGGUGUUACUGAUGGAACAAGUGGGACCAAUAAUAGACCAGCAACAAGGAUGAGAAAAGUUUCUGAAUCAUCUGUUACCACUGGGUCAGAAGUUUUCCGUUCGGUGAGAAGUGAUUCCUCAGAAGUACAGUCUUGUCAGCUUGUGCUUUCGAUGAAUCGGAGCCCAGCUAUUGUUGUUCCGUCGCCUGCAUGUCAGACCUUGGAGUUGUGAUUGAACUGGAAGGCCUUACUGAAGCUGCCACACAUCUCGUUAUUUUUCUUAAGUGGAUGUGAGUUAGUGGUGCAUCCAGUGAUUAGCAGUAGCAGUCGGUUCUGCAUACAUAUAUGAAGAUGUUCCUGAACACUAAUCUCUAGGUUCCUUUGCUAAUCUCACUAAUGACACGGUUUCUGACCAUAUGGUAUGCCUGGAGAACAUUCCUUCAGCUGUAACCUUUGCAUCUGCUAAUCCAAGCAAUGGAGAGGGAGGAAAUGAAAUGAAAGUAGGAGGUUCCUUUACAAACCUUUCAUGUACUUAAUCUUGUACAAUUUUUAGCUUCGGUUGUGAUUCUUCAUCUCUUAAAACUUAAAGAUGAUCAGUAGAUAUAAUAUAUUGUGUAUGUUACUCUCACUUCUCUAUCUGUAAAUAUGAUUUCCUCUUCAUAUAAAUUGCAUUUUUAACUGCUUUA